CUGUGAUGGUUCUGAAUGAUAUUGGAAAGGUUAAAUCAAGCAUAAUGGCAACUAAUGGUAUUAUGCACAUCAUUGAUACUGUACUAACACCAGACAUACCUGAGGCCCAGAAUUCAACACUCAAAGAUUGUUUAUUUUGGAAUAAUUACACAACACUGGUUGAUAUGAUGAUGUCGGCGGACAUGUUUGAUAUGUUGGACGAUCCAGUUUACAAACCGUUUACCAUAUUUGCACCCAGUAACCAAGCUUUCAGUAACUUAGCAUCUGACAAGAAACAAGAACUUGAAAACAAUGUCGACGUACUACAAGAAUAUUUACAAUAUCACAUAGUUACAGAUGAAAAGAUUAAUUUUUCUGAAAUGGUUUUAAGCACUGGGGACUUGACAUUACUGUCACUCCAAGGAUCUACACUGUUUGCAGGAUGUGCAAAGGAUAUU